AUGUUAAUAACGUGGGCCAUCAUAACCAUCAUAAACCACUGGGGGUGUGAAAGUCCAUUACCACGUUGCGAAAAGGAUAACACCGAGGGAGUUCGACCACUUGGCUCACAGCAGGAUUGGAUCAACAGCUAUGAAGAUGGCACGGUGGUGGAUCAUACCAAGCCCAUCACCUAUACCGAGUUCAUCAAUAAGGAUGGCCCAAGAACCUCAAAGCUCGCCAGGAGUUGGUUCAGUUUGCCAAGUACGAUGUGCAACGGCUGGGGCUCCAGCUCCGACCCCGCACCAACUGUGGGUUUCCUAUGGGAUACUAUGGCCUUAUCGAAGCAAUACAAAGAGAGGUCUGUUCCAUCCUUGGUGGAUGGCUUCAAGCCAUCGCAGCGAAAGGUGCUCUUCUGCGCCUUCAAAAAGCGCUUGCGCCACGACAUCAAGGUGGGUUACAUCUCGGAACAAUCUGCAUAUCAUCAUGGCGAGGUCUGUCCGAACAUGUCCGGAUGGCGAAAUGACAACGGUGGCCGGAGAUGUGUGGCAGCGAUGCGGUUGGUGUCCCUGGAAAACACCAUCGUGAACUUGGCGCAGAACUUCGUGGGUUCUAACAACACCAACCUCUUGGUGCCUUCCGGGCAAUUUGGGACACGCCUUCAGGGUGGUAAGGACCACGCGGCGGCGCGUUACAUCUACACAAGGUUGAACCACGUGACCCGUGUGCUGUUUCAGCAGGAUGAUGAUCACGUCCUGUCAUACUUGGAGGAAGAAGGCCUGUCCAUUGAACCACAAUGGUAUUGCCCCAUCCUUCCGAUGGUCUUGGUCAACGGCGCCGAGGGAAUCGGGGUCGGUUGGAGCACCAGCAUCCCCAACUACAAUCCCCGCGAUAUCAUCAGGAACAUUCGGAAGAUGUUGCGCGGCCAAAGCAUGGAAGAUAUGCAUCCCUGGUACAAGGCCUGUUCCAUUGGGGGUUUCUGUUGUGUCCAAGCAAUGGAAUCGAUGAGUUUUCGCGCUUUCAGAAAUGGCCAAGACUGA